CGGAUCCAAACAUCGGUUCACAAUCCAGUCUAUCUACGACUACAUAGACCAGCACUUAUAGCGUUGUGUUCAUAAACCCUAACUCCUUUUUCUUUCGUUCGUCUCCUUCUUCUUUCUGCAGGGACACGCAGCCGUCGCCGUCAUGGGUAUAGAUCUUGUUGCUGGUGGAAAGAGCAAGAGGACCAAAAGGAAUGCUCCACGUUCCGAUGAUAUCUACCUUAAGCUCCUCGUCAAGCUUUAUCGGUUUUUGGUGAGGAGGACCGGAAGUAACUUCAAUGCAGUGAUACUGAAGAGGCUCUUUAUGAGCAAAGUCAACAAGCCCCCGAUUUCUCUCUCUCGCUUGAUCCGUUACAUGGCUGGCAAGGACGAUAAGAUUGCUGUGGUUGUUGGCACAGUCACCGAUGAUGUUAGGGUUGAUGAAAUCCCAUGUAUCAAGGUCACUGCUCUGAGGUUCACCGAGACUGCAAGGGCCAGGAUCGAGAAGGCUGGUGGUGAAUGCCUGACUUUUGACCAGUUGGCCCUUCGAGCUCCUCUUGGCCAGAACACGGUACUUCUUAGAGGUCCAAAGAACUGCAGGGAAGCAGUGAGGCACUUUGGAAAAGCUCCUGGUGUGCCACACAGCCAUACCAAGCCGUAUGUGCGAUCCACGGGGAGGAAGUUUGAGAAGGCAAGAGGAAGAAGAAACAGCAGAGGCUUCAGAAACUAAGUGCGGUCAUCAAUGGUGGGUGUCUUUGAAUUGUUGCAAAAGUUCUAUCAUCUCUUUUUAUGCUGGUGUUGUUUGGAUUAAAGCUAUGAUGAAAAUUUUGGUGUUUGGUAAUAUGUUAUAUGUAGCAGCAGGGAGUUUUUGAUUUCUAAUUUACCUUCAACAAUUGUUUAAUGGAGAUCAAUUUUAAUCAUUUAUGUUUAACGGCGUUCAGUUUUUAUAUGACUUCACAGAAAGUUAUAGUAGAACCUAAAGUAUUUGACUUUGGAGCACUAACAGGAUAUGUAUAGAUAUACUCUCAAAAAUAUUGAUAUAAAAUCACAAGUUGCAAUAGAACCUAAAAUAUAUGACUUGAGAGUAAGGGGCUGUUUGGUGUGCCCAAAACCCUAGACAUUCCCAAGAGAGAGAACAUGAGAGAAAGAGGAAGAGAAAAGCGGUGGGUGUGCCUAGCUACCCAAGCAAAUAUAGAGGCCACAUAAAGUGCAGGUGUCUAUGUGGCAUGCAUUGCCAAACAAAAACACCCCUUACGUGAUGUGGUGAAAUCGUUGCACUGGUAACGUAAAAACCUAUCUCAUAUAAUCUCUCUUUCUAUUCCCAUCCUCCUUUUUCAGGACAUACAUAUGCAAGAACACCAGCCAUGCAUAUUAAGUAGUUGAGUGAGGAUGGAUAUUUUGCUGAUGCGGUUUCAACAAAAUGUCUGAGUAUACCAUAUCUCCUCUUACUUGAUGCUUAUGUAUGUGUGUAACAUGAAACAAUUAGUAAUAGCAACAUGUUAUCGUGUUGACGAUGUUGAGACGUGUAAUCUAAUCUAAAUGAUGAUGGUUAAGUUACCGAUGAAGUCUUCAGAAGAGUGUGACAUCGACUUUUGCUUAAAGCUUAGUCCUAACUUCUACAUAACAUGAGUUUGAUCUCAACAAAGAUAUCAAUUAGAAGUGAAGUUUUGAAGUAAAGAUAAAAGCGCAAUACCAGUGAUAGGGAUGAGAUUUAGAAUCGGAAAACCGGAUCGGAACAUGAACCACUAGAACCGAAAUAUAUAGAACCGGUUCCGGUUUCGGGUUCAAAAAUUGGUUUUAUCUGGGUACCGGGUAAUCCGUGUUUGGGUCCAUCGGGUCCGAGUAACUGGGUCUAAAACCGGAAAUGAUUUUGGGAACCGGAACCACUUUUAGGG